AUGCCCGAGCCCUCCGCGGCCGACUCCCCUGCGCGCCGGGGCGCCGCGGCCGCCUCCCCUGCGCGCCGGGUCGCUGCGGCCGCCUCCCUCCCCGCGAGACUGCCAGCCGGCUCCACACCUCCGCGCGAGCGCCCCCGACGGGCCAUGCCCGAGCCCUCCGCAGCCGACUCCCCUGCGCGCCGGGUCGCCGCGGCCGCCUCCCUCCCCGCGAGACUGCCAGCCGUCUCCACACCUCCGCGCGAGCGCCCCCGACGUGCCAUGCCCGAGCCCUCUGCGGCCGACUCCCCUGCGCGCCGGGUCGCCGUGGCCCCUCCGCCCCGCCCCAUGGCCGCCUCCGCACGCUGGCCUUGGCCGGCCUGCCCCGCGCCCGCGCCGCUUGGCCCCGGCGCGCCCGCUGACUCGCCAUCUCCGCGCAGGGCCUCCCGAGCCGACUUGGCCGGCCUGCCCCGCCCCGGGCCUUCUGCGCGUCCAUGCGCCAUCGCGCUGUGCCCCGCGCCCGACUCCCCGUCGCCGCGCACCUGCACUCUCGCGCCCCUGGCCGCCUGCGGCGCUCGUGCCGGGUCCGGCGCGCCGCGUCGUCCAGCCGGCUUCCCGCACCCGCAGCCGGCUCCCGCGCCCGUCGCCUGUGCCACCCGCGCCUCCCUAGCGCCCGGCCUCCCCAGCUCCCGCAGCCCCUCGCCGAAGUUUCGAGUUUCGCCGGAGAUCGUCGUCGUCGCCCCGCUCCGUACCGCCGCCCCGACCGAAGUUGCCGCCACCGCCGAAGUCCCCUCGUCGCGCCGCACCUCCCCAGCUACUCCGCUGUCGCCACCGACCACGGGAGACGCCGCCCCAUUCAUCACCGAAGCCGCCAACGCUGUCUUCCUCGACGCCGACGCCGUCCGCCGCCGCGUAUGCGUUAGUUAG